AUGGCUUCAACCAAGGCUGCAACUGCCCACAAGGGGGCUCAGGCGAAAAUGUCUCAAGACGAAUUCCUUUCCAAGUGCAUCAAGCAUGCCAAAGAAAAGCUCAAUGUCAACUGGGUUGCCUUUGCUGCAGAGACUGGAAUGAGUGCUGACGGCGCGCGCAACAAAUUCCGUGGAAUCAUGAAGCAGUUUGAGGGCGAGGGAGCCAAUUGGGCGAGCAACGACGCUGAGGGUAAUCCUGUCACUACUCCGACCAAAAAGGCUUCUGCCGCUGGCGCCAAACGCAAGGCCCCAGCGAAGAAAAACAAGAAGGAGGAAGUUGCCACUACCGGAGAUGAUGGCGACGCUGAAGACACUACGGUUGCCGAGGCACCAAAGAAGAAGAGUCGUGGCACUCCAGCGAAGAAAGACAAACAGGAGCCAACUGCGACUACCGCUGACGACGGCGAUGCUGAGGAUACCACCGGUGACGAGAGCCCAAAGACAAAGAAGAAGCCUCGUGCCACCCCCUCCAAGACCAAGGCUGCCGCCGAGAAGAUCAAGCCUGCUGCUGAUGAUGACACUGACGACACCCCUGCUCCCGAAACACCAAAGAAAAAGGCUCGUGCCACUCCACGCACUCCACGCAAGACCAAAGCUUCUGCCGAGAAGACCGAGGGUGCUGCGGCAAAGAAGGGUGCUAAGAAGGCUGCAGCCAAGACCAAGGUUGACGACGAGAAGGCUAAGGUUGAGGAGGAUGAGGCCAAACCUGAUGAGCAGAGUGAUACCGAGAAGGAAGAGGAUGCCGCUGACGAAGAUGACGAAUAA